AUGUUUGCAUUUCCAACAGACAUCGAUUAUAUUUACGAUCCAAGCCCGUAUUAUAAUAAUAAUCGUCGUCGUCGUUACUACAAUCCUCAACCUUGCGCAUAUUCGUAUCCAAGUUCUCAACCGUUCUUAAGUUUCCAAAAUCCUCCAAGUCGACAUUAUCCUAAUCCAUACCAUCUCCACGAAUCAUAUUAUGAUCCAGAGAAUAUAAUAAAUUUGGUCUCUGGACUUAACCAUAACCAAAAUCAUAAUGAAAGACAUCAUAAUGAAAGAUAUAAUAAUGGAAGACAUUAUAAUGAAAGACAUAACGGAAGAUAUCACAACGAAAGACAGGCUGCAAAAAAAAUUUAUAACUUUCUAAAAUAUCAACCUUCGACACGUAGAACUAGAAAAAUUCUUGGAAGACUCUUACACCUUCGUAAUGUACAAAAUCAACUCAAUUCCUUAAGUUCUCAAAUUUCAAAUUUUGAACCGCUUACUUUUACGAGUAAAGAUGCCGAAAAACAAAUAUUACCAAUUUCGAAUAAUAAUAAAAUGUUUCUUACACAAGAAGACGCUAUAUUGAGAAUUCUGGAUCAACUAGAUAAAGUACAAAGUGAAGGAAAUGAGAUCGUUCGGGAAAGAAGAAAAGAAAUUGUUAAAAUUGCUCAAAAAAUGUUGGAAGAAUUGGAUGCUGAAAAAGAGAGGCAGUGGAAGUUAUUUUGUGAUAGUAUAGAAAAUAGUGAAAAUAUUGAAAAAAUGGAUGAUGAUAAGGAGGAUAUAAUUACUGAAAGCAUCGAAGGUGAUAAAAAGGAUAUAGCUAUUGAAGAAGUUACCGACAAAGAUAUUAUUGAAAAAAUGGAAGACGAUAAUAAAGAGGAGGACGUAGUUAACGAAGAAAUUAUCAAUACUUCAAAUGAAGCAUCAGAGAUAGAAGGAAUUAAGCCAUAUACAAUUUCAUCACCAGACGAAACGAAAGUUGAAAAUAAAAUUGAAAACAUGAAAAAUAUCAAUACAGGCGACGACGAAAAAGAUUUUGAUUUUAUUGACGACAUCACAUCUGAUUCUAAUUCAUCUAUAAAUCUUAACAAUGAUGAAACCGUGAACGUUCGCGAGCCGCUAAUUGUUGUUGCCGAAAAUUCAGAAGAAAGCAAUGAAGCUGCCUUAACUGAAAUUAAAGAACAAUCUCAAAGUGAUGAACAAACAAUUCUAUCACCUAUGGAGGACGUGGAAGAUAUAAAUAAAGAGAACGAUGAGAACGAUGAUGCAUUUGUGAUUGUUAAUAAUUCUUCUAAUUAG